CCCACACCUUCUCCGCUGUUGGCCCCGACCACCUUUGAGGUCGGUAUAGACUUAAACGAAUGGCUAAAUGACGUUAACAUCUUCUUUACGACCGUCCCUACCAAUCAACAGACCGCUUUCCUCCUGCAUUUUCUCUCCCCCACAGUCCGCCGCCGUCUGAUGACUGCUGGAGUUAAAACCAAUACCCCAUUUCCUGCCGCCCGUCGACUUUUGAAGAACCUUUUCACUUCACCCAUCCACAAGGGUUUCGCUCUGGAACAGUUUGCAAUGCUCCGGCAGAAGACUACCCAUACACUCGAUGAUUUCGCAGCCGAACUCAACCGUUUGGCCGCCCUCCAUUUCCCCUCCAGCUCGGACCCUUAUCGACAAAGCCAGGUAUUGCACCGCUUUAUGACGGGACUUUCUGACCCUAAGAUCGCGGAAGCGGUGAUCACCACCGCCCCUCCUCCCUGA